AUAAUAUUGCUUACGAUAGCAAGGGUUCCGGAUGUAGUUCUGAAGGGUCCUCUAAGGGCAAGGAUAAGGUGAUUCAAUCCGUAGUUCAUAAUACUAGACAACGUUCUGAACUGUUUAAAAAUGUUAACAGUAAUGAUAAAGUGUAG